AGUCUGUCGAAGGAGAAAAUGCGGAAAUUGACAUUGCGUUUGUUUUGGGGAUAUUUUUUGGGUGGGGGAAGGCAUAAAUAACACUACUCGUCAAACAAUGAACAAAUAACUUCACAAAAAAAAUAAAUGUAUGAUUUCUCUUUAGCUACCAAAACAAGGCUUCAGGUUUUGUGCAUCACAGGAGAGAUGGCGUCAGUGAAAGACAGCAGUCAAACACUCCUUCUCAAUGUCAUCACGAAAGAUAAAGAGGAGGAAGUGAAGAUUUGGGAAUGUGAUGAUUACCCAGGAGAGAGUCCAGAGGCGGCGUCAGAAAAGAUGGCAGACAGAAGUCAAACACUGGGGCUGAAUGUCAUCAUUAACAGAGAGGAGAAGGAAGACAUUGUGGAAUCUGUUGAUCCUGGAGAGACCCCUAACUCCUCUGACCAAGUUGAGACAUUUCCUGCUUCAGUCAAGCAACGUCGGAAAGUGAGCAAAGUGAAGAAGCCUCACCGCUGUCCUCACUGUGAGAAGAGUUUCCCUUUCCUUUCAUAUCUUGAAAGACACGUGCGAAAACAUUCUGGAGAGAAACCUUAUUCCUGUUCUGACUGUGGGAUGAGUUUCUCCCAACUGAGUGGCUUGAACGUGCACCAUCGAACGCACACUGGAGAGAAGCCUCACCGCUGUCCUCACUGUGAGGAGAGUUUCCCAUUCCCAUCAUAUCUUGAAAGACACGUGCGUAAACAUUCUGGAGAGAAGCCUUAUUCCUGUUCUGACUGUGGGAUGAGUUUCUCUCAACUGAGUGGCUUGAAUGUGCACCAUCGAACGCACACUGGAGAGAAGCCUCACCACUGUCCUCACUGUGAGAAGAGUUUCCCAUUCCCAUCAUAUCUUGAAAUACACCUGCGUAAACAUUCUGGAGAGAAACCGUACUCAUGCUCUGACUGUGGGAAAUGCUUCACAACAUCAAGUCAUCUAACCUCUCAUCGGAGAACUCACACAGGGGAGAAGCCUUACUCCUGCUCUGACUGUGGGAAGAGUUUCCCAUUCCCAUCAUAUCUUGAAAGACACCUGCGGAAACAUUCUGGGGAGAAGCCUUACUGCUGCUCUGACUGCGGGAAAUGCUUCACCACAUCAAGCAAUCUAACACUUCAUCAGAGUGCACACAGGGGAGAAGCCUUGGAGCCAAUUUGAGUUCAAAAGAAUUGACCCAAAAAGAAAAAUAACGGAAAUGAAAAAAAUUAUUGUGAAGUAAUGCAUGGUGAAACUGAAAUGUAAAAAACAAAAACAAUUAUGUAAACAAACAUAAUUAUGUAAACAAAAAAGUGAAUUGUAUGAGAAAAAAAAAUGUCAAAUUCAAACACAUUGAAAAUGAUUUUCAAAGCAUUCAGUUGAUGUUUGCAUCCAAUCUUUAAAGUUGAUUUGGUCAAAUAACUUGUUUUCGCUCUUGGCUUUUGUCCUUGCAAUGACAAUUUUAUUCCACCUUCAAGUCAUCUUAUCUCUCCACCAAGUUUUGGUACUCUUGACAUGGAGGCAGGGUUUAGAGGGGAUGGGCGUGUCCAAUGUUAGAGGGGAUGGGCGUGUCCAAUGUUAGAGGGGAUGGGCGUGUCCAAUGUUAGAGGGGAUGGGCGUGUCCAAUGUUAGAGGGGAUGGGCGUGUCCAAUGUUAGAGGGGAUGGGCGUGUCCUAUGAGCCACAGCCUUGGAGUGGCAGCAUUCCUCCAGUACCCCCCCAACAGGACACAUUCUUAUUGGACAAGCACACCUGAUUCAACUUGUCAACUAAUCAUCAAGUCCUCAAAUUGUAUUUUUUUACUUUAACCUUUAUUUAACCAGGCAAGUUAGUUUUAAGAACAAAUUCUUAUUUUCAAUGACGGCCUAGGAACCAGUGGGUUAACUGCCUUGUUCAGGGGGUAGAACGACAAAUUUUUACCUUGUCAGCUCGGGGGAUUCGAUCCAGCAACCCUUUCGGUUACUACUAGUCCCAACGAUCUAACCACUAGGCUACCUUGCCUCAAUGAGCUGAAUGAGGUGUAGGGCUAGAACAAAAAUGUGUAGUGUUGGAGACCAGGGUUGGGAAACACUGUCCUAACCAAUAGGUUACUUGCACAAUGUCGUAAAAACAACUUCCUGGUAAUAAAGGUCAUGGAAAUCUGUUUCCUGGCGAACGGCUUCGUUUUUAGCUACUUUUUUUGUUACCUGUAUUAGAUUGCAAUUUCUCUCAAGUCUCCUAUUUGUAGUAGUAGUGCACUAUAUCGGGAAUAGAGUGUAAUUUGGGAUGUAACCUGGAUUUCAGAGCAGUAAGUUGCUUGGACACUAUACAGACAGACAAACAAAUAAAUGAUAUACUACAGUGCA